GCAGCCGCCCCUGCUGUGUCUUUCUCUCCAGCCGAGCUCAGUAUAUAACACCCGCCCAGAAAGUACGGCGCCUCAGACACUUUGCAGGCAGCUGGAUCCAUACUCCGAGGGAAACCGAGGCACCAGGACGGAGAUAGCCAUGGCCCUGAAGGGACCCCUCCCAGCGUUGCUGCUUCUGCUGGUGGUGGUUUUGCUGCCUGCCUGUCUGGCUCUGGGCCGGAGGGAGACGCGCCACGAGAAAUUCCACCGGCAGCACGUGGACUUCCCGAAGACCAGCGCCCCAGAUGCCCGGCGCUACUGCAACCUCCUGAUGCCGCGGAGAAACCUGACAGCUGACGCCUGCAAACCCACCAACACCUUCAUCCACGUGGGGCCUGCGGAGGUGGACAGCGUCUGCCGCUCGGGGGGCACCCCCAGCACCGAGAAUUAUUACGACAGCAAUGUGCCCUUUGAGCUCACCACCUGCCGGCUGGCAGGGGGCGCUCAGAGACCCCCCUGUAACUACCGCGGGAGAACCAGCACCCAGCGGAUCCGGGUGGCAUGCGUGGGAGGGCUGCCUGUGCACUAUAAAACACAGAUCUAGGGGCAAGGAGGCGAGCAGGGUGAGGGGCAGUGGGGUUGGUGAUUUCAUCCGAGCUUAAAGAAAUUAGGAGCCAACGGGGUCUGGUCCCUCACUGUCAUAAUUGGGAUUUCAGCAGCCUAAAUCCCUUAGAUCCCUACCCCACCCCCCACCCUCUGCUGCCCCACUGCCCACUCUCAGUAUAGCCGCCUCUUCCCCACCCUCACCCUCUGCUGCCCUUAGCCCAUUAUACAGUAUAGCCGCUCCUUCCCCACCACCACCCUCUGCUGCCCCUAGUGCCCAUUAUACAGUACAGCCGCCCCUUCCCAUCCUUUACAUGCUGCUGGUACAGUGGAUCAAGGACAGGCCUGGCACUCAGGCUACCUGAGUCCUAUUUUUUAUUCUUCCUCUGACCCACUUCUGUGACCCUGCACAAAUCACUUGAAGUUUCCAUGCCUCAAUUUCCCCAUACGUUGUCCAUCAAGUCUCUUUAGCAUGGAAGCUCCUUGUGGCACGGAUUGGCUCUCAUCUUGUGACUGUACAGUAACUAGAACACAAACAUGGCUCCGUUUCAGUUGAGGUCUCUAAGUGGUUCUAUCAGUCAAAUGGGCGCAUCUUUUUUGUUCUGUCUUUGUUCAGCACCUGCUCCAUGGUGAGUGACUGGGUCUCCUAGGCACUAACCCGGUACAAUUAAUAAAUAAUCAGAGAGAUGUAUCGAGCUGAAUCCUGGAAUCUCUUUUCCUGAGUUGCAGUCUCUUGCCGCUUCCUCCAAUAAAGCGCUUUGCUAGAAA